AGGAGACAUAUUGUUGACAUUGUGUUGUUUUGGGGUGUUUGUGGAGGUCGAUUCAUAUUGUGUAAGGUGACGACCAGCCACAGUUCAGGGCCAUGGCAUUGUUAGCACUCUUGUUGUUUCUGCACCUCUCUGGACAAUUCGUAACCCUUAAAAGAAAGGCAUGUCGGCAAUCCUGGAGGACGCGGUGCAGUGGGAGGAGACACGCCCAAGCCUUCGACUUCGCCUCCACGGUGAUGAAUAACAAUCUCCUCAAUGAGCGGAGGCCAGGGAGAGACAGGACCGUACUCUUCCCCAUUACCAAGAACUUUACAGAUCUCAGCGACAACUACAAGCUGGGCGGGGCUAUUUGCUCCAUGGUCAACAAAGGCGUAUUGCUUAUCGUUGGCACAAGUCGCGACAGUAGCUUCAACACCAUACAGUCUUACUGUCAAGCCCUGCAGGUGCCCUAUAUCUUGGCAUCCCCGUCACGGCCACACCUGUUCUCGGGUUAUCACUUUGAUAUCAGCCUGACCCCACCAUACAUCAGCGCCGUCAUGAAAGUUUUGGCCAACAUGACCUCAUCCAGCAACAAAGUCUUCUACGUCUAUGACAGUGAUGAUGGCUUAUGGCGUCUACAACAGCUGUACAACUACUUCCAACUUGAGGACAGCGUACCCCGAGCUCUGGACGCUUUCCGAGUCCGUGACGUAAGCAGGGCCUACUCUUUGUUACGUAGCCUUGACCUCAAGGACAUGGAUGAGGGGAACAAACUGAUCGUGCUUGACCUCAGCUCCGAGGAGUCCUUCAAGCUAGUGCUAGAGCAGAUUGUCGACGUUGGAAUGAAUAGAGAUAAUUACCAUUACAUCCUAGCUGGUCCGGACGCGAUGGACUUAGACCUGAGCAGAGACUUCUUCUCCCAAUUCCUGUAUGGCGGCGUGGAGAUCAGCGCUUUCCGCUUUGUGGACAACACCAGCGACACCUAUCGGAAGUGGGAACAACUGUGGCAGCAGUACAAGGAUGAAUAUCCUGGACUCUUCCCAUUGAAGACCGGUUCUGCCAUGAUGAUCGACGCAGUGCGAGCGGUCCACGAGGCGCUCAUGCUGGACCUACCUCAGUCUAUUCGGGGCCCGCAGACUCGCACGUGCGACAUGGAAAACCCGCAGCCUUCAGAGGUCGGGCCGGCCAUUAUGACAUCACUGGCAAAGAUCGAGACAUGGCACCCCGAGGAUCUGAGGGAGAGUUCAUUCAAAACUUUUGAGCCAGAAAUUCUGAUUGAAAACACUACCCAAAGAGUCGCAACCCUCAUAGAACCACCGUUUGUGAUGAAAGUGGAGAACAGAAAUGGCGCACCUCCCCACGGCCCAAAUCGUGGCUUGGAGGGUUACUGCAUUGACCUGAUUGAAGCACUCGCUCGCACAGACAACUUCGAGUACCAGGUGUACCUGACACACGAGUACGGGGACUUCAACUACUCCACGGGCUUGUGGACCGGCCUUAUAGGACAACUCAUCCGCAAGGAACGAGACAUCGCCGUGGCUCCUCUAACCAUAACAGAGGAGCGAGAGCGGGUGGUGGACUUCUCCAAACCCUUCAUGAACACCGGUAUCUCCAUCAUGAUCAAGAAGCCAGACAAAACCAAACCAGGUGUCUUCUCUUUCAUGGACCCACUUGACACCAAAGUUUGGCUCUGCAUCGGACUAGGCUUUUUGGCAGUCAGUUUCGUGCUCUAUUUUGUCGGCAGGUUUAGCCCCUACGAGUGGAACGUGGUGGAAGACUCCACUGAGCGCACAGCCACCACCAUCUUCUCCAUCUCCAACACCUUGUGGUUCUCGCUGGGCGCGCUCAUGCAGCAGGGCUCUGAUAUAUCCCCAAGAUCUUUCUCGGGGCGCGUGAUUGGCUCAGCCUGGUGGUUCUUUACACUCAUCAUCAUCUCGUCCUACACGGCAAACUUGGCUGCCUUUCUUACGAUUGAGAAGCUAGUGGUCAGCAUUGACUCAGCAGAUGAUCUUGUGGGUCACCCGACCAUCAAAUAUGGCACCAAGAAUUCUGGAACGUCUUGGAGAUUUUUCAAGGAAGCUAAAAUGGAGACCUUCUUGAAAAUGAAAAAAGAAAUGCUGGAAAACGCAGACGAAGUUUUAUUCAGUGAAUAUCCUGACGGCGUAAGAAAGGUGCGGGAAUCCAAGGGCCAAUACGCCUUUCUCUUGGAGUCUGCGAUGAACACGUACUACGGUCAGCAGGAGCCAUGUGAUACCAUGAUGGUCGGAGAGCCACUGGACAACAAGCUACGGGGUGGCCACCUAUCAACUAUCCUCAGAGACAGUAUAAACAUUGCAGUGCUCACGCUGAAAGAGAAAGGAGAACUGAUCAAAAUGCAUCAGAAAUGGUGGUUCGACAAAGGGCAAUGUGGCGAUCAAAGUGUCAGCAAGGAGUCGACAGGAAAUCAAAGUGCACUAACGCUGAGUAAUGUAUCCGGAAUUUUCCAUAUUCUGAUUGGUGGACUCGUCCUCUCUAUGAUUACAUCAUCCAUAGAGUACCUCAUUCAGAGAAAACUGAGGGGGAAAAACAAGAACAUGAAAAACAAGCAAAAGGCGAAAAACUACACACUGCCAGUUCCGCCCCACCACCAAGACGAGCAUGUUUCAGCUCCAGCUCUGAUCGCCCAGCGGGGACAGGCCCAGGCUGGGAGAAUGGCUACGCUAGUGACAAUGCCACUCUACAUGAACAACAGAACGAUGGGUGGAGACCCCGACGAUGUCAAAGGCUAACAGACCCGUGUCUCUCUGGAUAGUAAAACAAGGCUAAUUUCUCUCUGCCAAUCAUAAUUCAUCACCAUGCCAUCACUGUAAUCACGCACUGUAAUGACUAUAAGUGUUUUAUAUAAUGAUAAACACAGUUUGCAUCUUUUAACGGUUAGACUGCUUCCACAAUGGUUAUCGGUGGAUGAGUCGGACGCAGUACCCCCCCCCCCUCCCCGCCCACCAAAAAAAGAGGUCGGAUAAACUCAAUAAAUUAACUAAACUUCCCCAUAUGGCAAUUUGACUAGCAUCUUUUAUCUUUUUUUCCGUGUCACGUCAAAGGGUCUUACCUUUACACAACAGAAGCCACUGUCCAGAUACAAUUUAAAAACCAACUGUGCAGCGUAGGGCACAGAGUGCAAGACAGUACAAUGUUGCCCCAGACUUGAUUUAAAAAAAAGAGCAGCAUGUUGUAGAUCUAUUUGUCAUUUCGUCAUACGACCCUUAGCAAACACCAUAAUUAGUCACGUCCAUGCAUUACCUUUCCAAGAAAACAUGUCCCCAUCACAUGUUUGUGUGUUCUGCUGAGUGCUAACGACCUACUUGACUCGCUGCAAGCUAUUUGAAAGUAGACGUAUUAUCCCCUUCUCCCCCGACCACAA